AUGAUGUCGUUUUGGCAACCGUUUACCAAUCAGAUCUUCGAUCUCGUUAAGUCCUUCGAUGAAGCAAUUCGCCAGUACGUAAUCGUGGAGCCGAUCAUAGUGAUGAGUCUUUCGAAACAGAUCAGCGGCAGUCCCGGAUUCGUGUUACUGGUGGAUGUAGACGGUUUCGCCGUUUUUCAUGUAUUCUUUCGUUUUGUGUCGAUUACUACUCGUCAGUCGGUCCCCGUAGCUAUGUUCUCCGACAUCACCUUGCAAAGGACCAGGCUGUUGAUUUACCUGAUAACCAUCAUGACUUAUGUCGUGUGCCUCGCGUACGACGUCUUCUACAUUCCAACGCUUACCGACGGUGGCUGGUUUUCAAAGCUGAGGUUCCUGACCUACUGCAAUCUGGUAAAGAGACUGCUUGAUGCGCUUAACGAGAUUUUUGCACUUUUCAAAAAGUGCGGCUUCUCCUCAGCCAUAUUUUUUUCUUGUUUUGAUUUCGGACCUUAA